UUGUUUUUUUAGGUUACAUUUUUUAAUUGUACUAAUGUACUAUCUUAUCAGUCCAGUGUUCAUUCAACAUUAUUAUUUAAAUUUAAAGCAAUUCAUCAGAGUAAAACUAUGGAAUCCUUGUUUGCUACAGAGCCUUUGAAUGACUUUAAAUCGGUGUCACAAGAAAUGUUCGAUCACUUAUGUGGGAAUAACGAAAACGUAACAACUAUCAACAACUCUACCAUUACAGCGGCUACACAAGAGAUAAAACAAUUAAUAAUAGAAUGUAAUUUUGAUCUGGACGAAGUUGCAGCUGUGAUCAAAACAAAAUCGUGGGACCAAGAUAAAAUCGUGCACUUCUUAACCAUGUUACAAGGAAGAAGAAUAGAUUUGUUGUAUGCGUUACUCAUACACAAUAACAGCCGUCAUGGAGAAUCUCUAACAAACUUCAACUGGGUAUUGAAGUUAGUGCUCGGCAGCAGUGAACUAAACUCAUUGAGGUAUCCACUAGUGCAGUUGAUGCUACAUACAGAAACACCUCAAGGCAACAAGGGGCAGAGAAUGUAUGAGUUAAAUAAAGAAACACUGUCUAAGUUUAUUAAUAUAUUAGAGAAUAUAGAAUAAAGUUAAGCAG